UUCUCCCGCCUCCCUCCCUUGUAUAAGAAACCACACACGAGGUGAAUCCAUUUACGUGUUUCUUCUGCUUCUUCUUGUGGUGGCAGCUUACCAAGGGACAGAGCGAGAGAGGAGAGAUGGCGAUCAUCGGACUGGAGAGGAAAUCGUCCAUAGAGGCAGAGCCUCGGACACUCACAGUGGCCGAGCUCCAGGUCGCGAGGGAGGCCGCUAUGUUUAUACUGAACAACAAUCUUAUGGAGGAGGCCAGGAAGAUCUUCACCGAGGGUCUAAAACCAGUGCCGAGCAUUAGAGACUACGACCUUUUCGAGGAUUGUGAUGAUGAGUAUGAGGAGGAGGCGGAGGAGGAGGAGGAAGAAGGAGAUGAGAUGAGGGAUUGGGUAGAAUUGGAGCAAUCGUAUCAUACCUGUCUGCAAAUUGACGUCGCGAAUGCCUCCUUUUAGCUGUUUACCUUUUGCUUCACGGGGUUCCUUUUCAUAUAUUGGAGGCAUGGUGAGCUAAAAGUUAUCGAGAGGUGUGAACAUGCUGAUAGGAAGAGAGAUGAUUUCUACUGAAUAUAUGUACAGUGUCCAAUUCUUUAUUGUAUCAAACAUGCAUCUGGUCUUCCUAAUA